GUCGAUGCCACCAUUUCCGCGGAGAUCGAGUGCGUGGGCGGGCUCCUGGACAGCCUGCUGGCCGGCGCCGGCAGCGCCCGCGGCGGCCACUGCCAGGGCCAGCUUGCGCCCACGCCCGACCCCGGGCGGGCCCCGCGCGCGGAGCGCUGCGUGCUGGAGGCCUCGCCGAACGGGGCGCGCCAGGGCCAGCCGGCGCCCACGCCUGGCCACGGGCGGGCCCCGCGCGCGGAGCUGUACGCGCUGGAGGCCGCGCCGAACGGGGCGCACCAGGACGCCGCCCUCCUCGCGCGGCGCUGCCUGGACCUGGAGCGCGACCUCGCCGACGCCCGGGAGGAGGCAGAGCGGCUGCGCUCGGCGUGCCUCGCGCUGGAGGAGGAGAGCCGGCUGCUGGGAGCUGAUCUCCAGAGGCAUCGCUUGGAGGACGAGCUCUACAUUGCCCAGGAGCUCGAGCUCCGGCGCGUGCGCGGCGAGGUGCAGGAGAUGCACGCGCGAGUGGCCGCGCUCCACUGCGAGCUGGAGCGCGCGACCGCCGCAGGCGCGCCGAGCGCUGCGCUGGGCGAGCCCGCGCGGGAAGCGCCGGAGACCUCGGAGGCGUUGGAGCUCUGCCGCCUGCUGGAGGAGGAGACGGCGGCCCUGCCGAGGUGUCGAGAAGGCAUGGCCGAGCUGAGAGUUGCGCCUGGCGAAAAUAUGAACUGCCAGCCCGUUCAGGCCUCCGAGAGGCGCGCCGCCGAGCUGGAGCUCGCCUGCGGGGCGGGGGCGGCCAGCGCGGGGCCCGCGGAGCCCGGGCACGCCAGGCAGGACCGCGAGGACGAGAAGCCGCGGCAGCCGGCCCUGUUCCACAAGACGAAGAUGUGCAAGUUCAACCAGCUCGGCAUGUGCACGCGGGGGGAGAUGUGCCGCUUCGCGCACGGGAGGCUCGACAUGAACCCGCUGCCGGACCUCUCCCAGACGAAGCUGUGCAAGGAGCUGCUCGGCACGGGGCAGUGCAGCGACCCGAGCUGCAAGUUCGCCCACACCAGGCAGGAGCUCCGGAGGCACCCGUUCGUGCCAGCGGGCGGCAGGGACCAUGCAGGCCCACUGUCGGGGGUCAGGAAGCAGCCCCGUGGCGCGGCGGCCCUCGAAGCCGCUCCGGGGCACGAGGGCGCACAGCUGCAGGAUAACGCGAACCUCCUGUGCUCGGACCUGGCGAAGGUCCUCCACAAGAUGAAGGAGACCGGCCAGGCGGGCUCUCCCGCGCUGUACGCGGAGCUGGCGCACAUCUUCAAGGGAUUCCACGACAGCGACUUGGUCGACGCGUGGAUGCAGCAGGGCCAGGCCACUGGGGCCUACGGCUCCCCGGAGCUCAACAGCAUCGCUGGCGGCUGCGGCGAGCAGAGCGUGGCCGCGACUUGGGCGCACAACUGCCAGAACCUCCCGAGCGCGGCCUACGUGAGCCCGUCGCGCUACCACGGCAGGGGCGGCGCCGCCGCGACGGAGCACCUCGCGGGCUCGGCCGCCCGGCACCAGCAAUCCUACGACGAGGCCCGGCUCGGCGAGCGCACGGCGCCGCCGGGCCGGGCGGCCGCGGCCGCGCGGCGCGGGGCGGUGGAGCCGAAGCUGCUCUCGCCCAUGUACGCGCCGGCGAUGUCCUCCCUCGACUCCCUGGCCCCCUUCGCCCUCGCGUGA